UCUCUUCUUCCUUCCGCUGCCCUCUCAUCAGUCCGCACCACCAAAACCUCCACCACCACUUCCUAUGUCGCUGACAGGGGUGGCGGCCCCUUACCCAAACCCAUAUUCGACGCCCUCCUCCACUACGGCUCAACCCCGAACUCCACCGCCACUACCGACCGCCUCCAUCGAUCUCAAAUCCAUCACCGCCGUCCUCCCGGCGCUGCCCCAAAAUGCAACUUCCUCAUCUUCAACUUGGCCCACGAAACCCUCCUCUGGCACGUCCUCAACCACAACGGCCGCACCGUCUUCGUUGACGAGAACGCCUACCUGGUCUCCAAGCUCGAAGAAGCACACCCGGACAUCGAGGCCUAUGAUUAUUCUCUGAUUGCAGGGUUCCAGUUCUUUUCUUUCUUUCUUUUUUUUGAUGUAGCUGUUGAUUUUUCGGAGGAGCCUGGUGUGUUGCUUUUUGCUUGGGAUUUGGAGUCUUUUCUAGUUUUUGUUUGGGAUUUAGAGUCUUUUCUAGAGAGAGAAGAGGAGAGGGUGUGAAAUGGGGGAAGAGAGAGAAGGGGG